AAAUAGGUGAACUCUUGGUAUACAAAUUCAUACUCCCAGUGUACCGGUAUACCAGUUACCAGAUAGAUUAAGGUGCUGUAUUGUUUUACCAAAGUACAACAAAUAAAGCAGAACAACCUAGGGAUCGUUCACAGGCAUCAGUUUGUUGCAGUAGAGACAGAUUGAAUAAACCCUCUUAGCAUUAACAAGAGAAACGAAAAGACUACUACAAUAUAUCUAAAAAGGAACUUGUAUAUAUACUUUAUACGUCCAUUUUGACUCUAGAUUUGGAAAGGAGUUGAUAUUAUAUUAUAUAAAUUGUGGUGGAGUUGUACCCCACAUUUGAAAUCAUUCUCAUUAUUGGAUAUAAACUUUUAUCAAAAAAUGAACAGUUAUCAAAAGGGUGAUAUACUUGAAGUGGAAAAGAUAAACGGACUGGCUCCAAUGUAUAAUUUUAAAUCCACCAUAGUGUCGUGUACAGGGACAGAUUAUGUAUUCCUUUACGGAGGAUUCGAUGAGUUGGAUAAUCUAGAUAGUAAUGUUUAUCUCCUCAACACAAAGACUAGGACUUGGGAGGUAGAUGACAAACACCCGGGAUUAUAUAGAGAGGGACAUCUGGCAGUAUAUAUCGGACAAGGAAAUAUUUUGGUUUUUGGUGGGAUCCCUCAUGAUGAGUUCCCCACAGAAACAUCUGUUCAUUCGAUUACCGGAAAUGGGACUAGAUUUGAGAAGGAUAGUCUUAUGAUGGUUUACAAUAUAUUCAGCCGAACAUGGGUCGGACCUCCUCCAUUUGCCUUGAUAAAUGCACCAUCAUCAAGAUCGCGACACGCCUGUUGCUUAUCACCCGACGGUACGAAGGUCUACAUAUCUGGGGGACUAAUAGAUUCAGCACCCUUGGAUGACUUAUAUUGCUACGAUCUAGUUGCUGGUCUGUGGACUGGACCUAUUGUAUUUGUUUCUCGAUUUAAUCAUUUUAUAUCCGAGUACGAAGGGAAGGUUUAUUCAUUUGGCGGAUUGAACAAGGAUAUGAAUCAUGUUAAUCAUACAUUGACAUGGUUUGAUUUAAAGGACCAUAGUGUAGGGGAGCUUGUAAUUUUACGACAACCCAUGGUGAAAGCCGAUAGUGUAACAGAUGAUUAUGAAGAUAAUUUUGAAAGAAGAGCCCUUGAAACUUUUUUUUCUGCUGACUAUGAACAAAUAUAUUUGGAUACAUUCAGAAAUCCGGCUGUGAAAUUGGAUAUUUCUGUACCUCGAUCACCUUAUAGCAAUAAAGAGUUCUCCAUAUCUGCAUAUGAUGUGGUAGAUUCCCGAUUUACUCCAUUGUUCAAUCUGAAAUCAUUGACUGGUUUUAAUGAAGAGAUAUUUCUCAAUACAUGGAAACAUUCCAUUGUAUCAGAUCAAGAAGGGAAACUAUUUCUUAUUGGUCACCCAGCGAGCCAGAUGCCACGUGAAGAGUCAGCAGAAGAAUCCUUAGUUGAUACAAAAUUAUCAGUAAUGAUAUCCAUCAGCCUUGCAGAUUUAGGCAUUCCGAAUACCACCUUAAUCGGAGAUAAUUCAAACCGUAAAAAUGUAAUCGGGAAUUCUUUAUCUAAUGAUUUUAAGAAUUUACUUUUAAAUAAUGAGUUUACGGAUUUCCAAAUUCUCACACUCACAAAUGAUACGGUCAAGGAAGAAUAUAAUGAUAACCCAGAGACUUUUGAAAAUGAAAUUGAAUUAAUUUUGAAAGAUAAUAGUUAUUCUUAUUCCAGAGAAAAAUUUAGUGUUAUUAGAGUUCACAAGGCAAUUCUUUUGGCUCGUUGGGAACAUUUCCAACGAGUUAUAUCAAGUGGAAUGAAUGAGACGAUAAAGGAUUUGAUGUUCAUUCCAGAACCUUACAUGUGGGUCCAAGGAAUGAUAUAUUAUCUUUAUACAAACACAAUUGAAUUUGAGCCAAUGGGAUUACCUGGUUAUUCUAUUAUAGACUACUCUGGGUUAUUAAUUCUAUCACACGUUUACUCACUUCCAGAAUUGAGAACCAAGGUUUUACAACAGUUAUAUCAUAUGGCAAAUAUUCUUGGAACUAGUAACGCUAAUAAUAUUUCCGAAACAAUGAUAGAAUUAAUAUUGAGAGUUUGGGAGAAUGUUGAAAUUGCCGAAGAGCCAGUUUUUUUGUUGAAGAUCACAUCGCUCAUUCGUGACAGAUGGUCCACCAUUAUACGAUCCAAAAUAUUUAAGGAGUUACCCAAGGAACUGAUCAUACGAUUAUGCCAAGAAUGCACUGCGGUAGAAAAUAACAUAUAUGAACUGAAGGAUUCUUUGUCUGAGUUUAGUAGAACUGGAUCAAACACUCCCGAGCCAGACAUAUUCCGGGCAAUGAAUAUUUCACCAUUACCCGAAACUCCCAAUGGUAGGACACUUCGCCUGUCUCAUGUCAACUCUCCAUUUUUACGCCUUGUUCCUAACACUACAACACACCUGGAAUUAAGAACUAUUACCAAUGGGUUUCCUCUACUCCUGCAAGCAUAUGACGAGACAGCAACGCCAUGA